AUGGAAGUCAUAAAAGAGCUGCAUGACGCCGUGGCCAAAGCCUGUGAGACGUCGUUCGACAAUGCGUAUCAGCAGCUGAGAUCACAGCUCGAGGCACAAACCAAAGAGGCAGCAGCCAAGCAUUCGGCAGCUCUUGCCGCUCAGUGUAAAGCAGAUACUACGAUUGAAGACCUUCGGCAUCAAAUUACUCUACUUCGGAGUGAACUCAAGCAAAAUGAAGUCGAGUCACGAAACCACGAACUUCCCAGGCAAUACGCCAGCCUCGAAGCGGAAUUUGACCCCAAAAGUCUUUGGGGCGAAUCCCUGGAAGGUGGCCAUUUUGAUACCCCAAAGGCACGUAAAAGAUUCGAAGCAAAAUACACGGCGCUUUACACAAACCUUCAGACCUUUCUCAAAUCCUGGGGUGAUCUUAAACGUCAAGUCCGACGACACAAAGAAAAACUGCAGCAGUGGGAUCAGCAGCUGAAACAUGAUGGGUUCACAGUGAUUCUGAAUGGCCAGAAGGUCAAAUACUGUAAAAUGAAAGGGCCUGACCCUGAUGGCCGCAACCAGAUGGAUUCAGAAAGCAAGCAAUGCUCUUUGGGGAAACGGCCCAGGGAAGAGGAUCCGGACCUGCCUCUCAAAACGUUCAAAGCUUCACAAGAGCAAGCUUUUCGAAGUGACGUGGAGGUGGGACACAACGCCAAAAAUGAUUCCUUGGCAACAGAACUGGCGUCCACUCAAUCCAGCUCUCCCGGGCCUUCAACGGGCAAUCCAGAGUAUUUUGAUACAAAACUCUCAGUCGACAUCCGCGGAAACCACCAGGGAAAAAGGGCACCCUCCGCCACGAUUUCUAAGGCGUCUCGCGCGCAUAGUCAACGAGAUGAUGCCGGUUCCCUGCACCCCGUACAAAUUAAGAGAGAAAUCAUGUCCUCAAGCCCAAUCCGAACUUCAAAUUCCAGUGAUUGGCCUUAUAUUGGCACACAGGAUCUGGAUGACAUAGGGGAUACAAUACAGACACCCACGAAAAGAAAACCCCAUCGGAACGAUCACGCGACAGACACCGAGGGUCUGGAGAAGCGAGGGGAUUAUGCAAACCACUCGGCUCAGUUCCUAUCAGGUCAAAAUAUACAUGCGCCGUCAUCCAUUCUUCAAGUGAUUGACGGAAAUGCGUGUACUCCCACGCUUUCCAACCGAAAAUCUUCCCCCAAACACCUUGAAGAUUUGGAGCGACGAGCAAUACCUGCCAUGGCGGAGGAUGGCGAUAACCUAGUAUCUGCUCGGUAUCCUCUGAAUUCUGGCACUAAGACCAAUCGUGGCCUGUCGGAAGCGAGAACCAGGACUUUGGCCCAAAAGCGUCUAGAAGAUUUGCUUGAGCGCUCGACUCCCACAAAAUCACUACUUCGGUCCUCGAGAUCCGGGCCAGGUUCGAAUUCAGCACAGGCGGAUUUUGUGCCCCAGCAUGGCCACCUGACAUCAAUGACCUCUGGCGAAAUCGCGCCAGAUGUGGAUCCUAAUGAUGAGCCGUACAGGGCAAGGCCCCUCGGCGUUCUUGGGCUGGGGCACUUCAAAAUCAACCCUGCAAGAAACCAAGGACUUGACUUUGCAUACAACACAGUGGUUCGGAAGAAAGAUGACCGCAAAUGCAUUUCCGGGUGUACGCGCCCAGGGUGCUGCGGGGAUCGGUUCCGCGCUAUGGCCCGCCUUGGAGGCCUCCCGGGGAAGUCCGGGGUGGAACAACGAGAAGAAGAGGAUGAGAUGCUGCGCGAAUUCGUGGGAGAAGACAGGCAGUUGCUAGAAACACUGAGCGGCGAUGAACGGGCGAAUAUUCUGGUUGAAGCCAGAGCCAGAGCCCUCGCCAAUCAAUAUGGACGGCACAGACAUACCCACCAGCGUGCCCAAUCUCCCCCUGGGUUCUGGCGAACGGAUAUGCCAAGUACACAAGAGGAAGAGCUUGACCGUGAAGCUGCCAGAGGACAGGAGCGAGAGAAAGUAGAGGAGCGAUAUCGCGAGGCCAUGCGCCCUGGAGGAAUGUGGAUGUUUGCGGAUGAAUAG